CUUCCUCCCACAGAGCUGAAGAUCCCCAUCAGGAUCGCAGCAGUGGGAGUGGGGGACCAGGAGGAAGACCCUCUGAAACCCACUAAACCAGACUCUGAGGGCCCGGAGAAAGGCCCCUGCUGCCCCUGCCCCAAAUCAGUGGAGGACCUGGAGGCCGAGGCCGCGGACGCCUCCUACAGGAAGGUGUUCGAGAACUUCCUGCACAACUCCAUCUUCACCCCGAGACCAGCGGAUCGUAAACGCAGAGAUCUUUUCGGAGUCGCAAACUCGACUCACUCUCGUCGCAACCGCCUCCUUUCCUCCAACACCUCUUCCUCCUCUCCUCCUCCUCCUCUCUCUCCUCCGAACGCUGGCAGUAACAGCAGCUCGACGGACGCUGAUCCGGCAGAGAAAGAGUUUGACUUCGUGGAGCAGGCGGUGGACGAGCGCGAGCUGCAGAUCUUCGGCCUGCAGCCGUUCACCGUCUACAGAAUCGAUAUCCACGCCUGCAACCGGCAGGUCCAACGCUGCAGCGCCGCUGAGUUCGUGUUCUCCAGAACCAAACCGGCAGAGAAAGCGGAUGACGUCCCCGGGCCGGUGUCCUGGGAGUCUCAGGAGGAGGACUGGGUGUUCCUGCGCUGGCCUGAGCCCCUCCGCCCCAACGGACUCAUCCUCAUGUACGAGAUCAAGUUCAAACUGGCUGCGGAGACGGAGAAGCACGAGUGUGUGUCCGGUCAGACGUAUCAGAGCCAGCGAGGCGUCAAGCUGUCCAACCUCAGUCCAGGAAAUUAUUCCAUCAGAGUGAGAGCGACGUCUCUGGCAGGAAACGGAUCCUGGACUCCGGCUGUGGAUCUCUACGUGGCUGAGAGAUAUGAGAACUUUCUUUACGCCAUGAUCUUUGUUCCCAUCGUCAUCAUCCUCCUCCUCUGCCUCCUGGUCUCCAUGCUGGUGGUCUUCAACAAGAAAAGGAACAGCGACCGGCUUGGAAACGGGGUCCUUUACGCCUCCGUCAACCCGGAGUACUUCAGCGCCACACAGUGGACCAGCCUGUCUCUCCCUCCUCUGAAGAAGAUGCUUCAGAUGGCGGGGCAGAUCGCAGACGGCAUGGCGUACCUCAACGCCAACAAGUUCGUACACAGAGACCUGGCAGCGAGGAACUGCAUGGUGGCCGAGGACUACACCGUCAAGAUCGGAGACUUCGGCAUGACGAGAGACAUCUAUGAGACGGAUUAUUACAGAAAAGGAGGUAAAGGUCUGCUUCCUGUUCGCUGGAUGUCCCCAGAAUCUCUGAAGGACGGAGUGUUCACCACCACCUCUGACGUCUGGUCUUUUGGAGUCGUGCUCUGGGAGGUUUCCACCCUGGCGGAGCAGCCGUAUCAGGGUCUGUCCAACGAGCAGGUUCUACGCUUCGUGAUGGAGGGGGGGCUGCUGGAGAAACCCCAGUGCUGUCCUGACUUGCUGUUUGAGAUGAUGCGGAUGUGUUGGCAGUACAACCCUAAGAUGCGUCCGGCCUUCGUGGAGAUCAUCAGCUCUCUGAAGGACGAACUGGACCCCUCCUUCAUCGAUUCCAGCUUCUUCUACAGCGCAGACAACAAACCGCCCGACGCCCCCUCGCCACCUCACCUGGAAAACGCCGCCAUCUUGGAAGUCGUUCCUCUGGAGCCUGCUGCCUCUUCCUCUUCCUCACAGCAGACCCCCCAACAACAGACGCCACCUUCCCCGAAAACAGAGGCUCCUCCUGGGCCUUCGUUAGCUCCAAGUUCCCCUCCUUCCUCCCCUCCUUCCUCCCCUCCUUCCUCUCCACCUUGUACGUCUAGCGCCUCAUUGGACAAGCAGGCAAUCGGACAGCAGCAGGCGGCCAAUGGGCUGUCGGGGGCGGGACUAACGGCGUCAUUGGAUGAACUUCCUGCGUACGCUCACAUGAACGGAGGACGAAAAAACGAGCGAGCGAUGCCCCUCCCCCAAUCCUCCGCCUGCUGAAAAACCCUUGAAACAUUUGUUUUGUUUUAAUACAACGUCCACCAGCUGGAAGGUGGAGUCACUAAAGUUCACUGUACCUCUUUAUCCCCCCUUUUUUCAUUUUUUUGGUUUCUUCCAGCUGGCUGUCACGUGACACUGAGUGGGACAAACCAAAACAAAAAGGGGGGUAACAGAAAGGGAAUUUAAAGAGGGGUUGUUUCUCCCUUCUCUCUUUAUGGCUAAACUCAUUUUAUAAAUUGUCGUUUGUUACUUUUUUUACCUGUAUUUUCAAAUGGCGGAGAACAAAGGCCUUUAUCGAUGACCGGCGUUUUUGGGCGGGCAUUAACGGUGUAACUGUUGCAUAUCUUAAUGAAUAAGCACUUCAGCGUCUCCAGAGAACAAACAAACAACCACAGGGACAAAAAAAAGAAAAGGUCAAAUCUGUUGCCAAAUUUUUUGCCAAAAUUGUACUUUUUGUAAAAUUCUUUUUUCUGCAGUUUUGCUCAGAAAAAAAUCUCCAACACACCAGAUCAAAAACAAGCGCUUUGAUUUGGUUCUAGGCGAUAUUAAAACCAGUGGUCCCAGGGGUAAUUCACACGCCUAAAGACUAUUUGUUUAUCAAUUACGCACCUGUGUUACCUUGGAGUUCAUUCGUUUCUUUGCACACCUCCACGGUGAACGACGAGUAAACAAUGUUUGUUAUUUCUUGAUAGAUUGUAGUAAAAUUUGGCGGCAAAACAUCUGUUUCUUACACAACUCAUGCACUAUUUUCUAAGUCUUUAUGUUAAACCCUUAUGCAUAAACAGCCUUACGUUUCAAACAAAUCAAAUAAAUCAUCCAUGUGUUUAAUGACCAAACAAAUGGAUAUAUUGUUACAAAAUAUAUAUUUGAAUAGUUUUUCUCCUAUCUAGUCAGAAGCAAAUUACAACUUAUCUCCUGCUUGUUUUGUACAACGCAUUAUUCUAUGUAGACACUACAAAAUUACACAGUUUAACAUAAAUAUAGACUAAUAUAACUGAGUUUCUACAUUUAUAAACCGAUGUUUGGAUGUACUUUGCUGUCGUUAGAUACCGCCCCCGUUUACUUCAAUUUAUCAAGAAUUUUCACCAAUUUUGAUACAUUUUUUAACCAUAAAAGCAAGUUAAGAAAAAUGCAAUCUAAUUCAAGAAUUCAAAAUAACAAAGGGUGAUAGAUUGAUACCCGAAUGAUCACGUUGUGGGUGAAUUGUCCUUAACUUCCCUCUACAGUCCUUCGCUGCUCCUCUACUGCGGUUUGCCCCGGAGAGGAUGAGGGCCACGUGUUCAUUUUCCUUUCUGACCAAAAGGGAUUUUUUUUUUUGCUUUGAAGACAGAAUUUGUUUCAGAAAACUAAAUAACAUAUUCAGAAAUAUCUCAGAUUUUUGAGAAAAAAGUUAGUUUUUUUUUAAUGUGACAAUUCACGGAAAAUAAAUUCAGAUUUUGAGAAGGAAAUUUUUUUUCGGUAAAAAUUCUAAAUUUGAGAAAGAAAUCAAGAUUUCUGAGACAUUUUUUUCAACAUCAAAUCAGAAAAGCAGCGAAAUAAAAUGCAUCCUUAAAGCUCGGACUGUGGAUGGAA